UAAGAUUGCUCGGCCUAUACCUCCAAUAAUGAGCGGACUGCCAAUGGAAAGACUCUCACCGUUUACACCUCCGUUCUACUUUACAGGCGUAGACUACUUCGGCCCCUUUGAAGUAGUUGUUGGAAGGCGCAGAGAAAAACGAUGGGGCGUUUUGUUCACUUGUAUGACGGUGCGUGCAGUACAUAUAGAAAUUGCCCCGUCAUUAUCCACUGACUCUUUUCUACUUGUGCUGAAACAAUUCAUUUCCCGUCGUGGAGUACCAAACCGCAUUAUGUCAGAUAAUGGAACGAAUUUUCGUGGUGCAAGCCGAGUAUUGGAAGAAGAAAUUGAAAAAAUAUCCACAAAUGACCUUCAGAGAGAACACCCGAUGAUUGAGUGGUCCUUCAAUCCCCCAUCUUCUCCCCACAUGGGAGGUUCGUGGGAGAGAAUGAUUAGGUCAGUAAAAUCUAUUUUGAUGGAUAUUCUACCCCAAGCCGCACUACGCGAAGAAGUCUUACGAUCAUCACUAGCUGACGUAGAAAACAUUCUAAACUCGCGGCCACUAACGUAUGUUCCUCUAGACUCUUCGGAGAGUGAAGCAUUAACUCCAAACCACCUUUUAAUUGGUUCGUCCGGUGGAAUAAGAGAGCGAGCAAAUGUAAACAGCAGCGGUUCAGCAUUGAGCAAAAUGUUCAGAAUAUCCAGUGCCAUUGCCGACAACUUUUGGAAAAGAUGGGUGAGAGAGGUUCUACCAUGUUUAACCAGACGCACAAAAUGGCAUGGUAGUGGGGAGAGUUCAAUAAAUAUAGAUGAUGUUGUAAUAAUUGUGGAUGAGAAUACUAAGCGCAAUACGUGGAUGAAGGGUAUUGUGCUCGACACGCACAGGGGCAAAGAUGGAGUCGUACGCAGCGCAGUGGUUAGGACGGAGAAUGGGAUACUAACUCGUCCAGUGGUAAAGCUGGCAAAACUAGAUGUGAGAAGGUAAACCAUGAGCUGAAGCACAAAGUUUACGGGGGGGAUUGUGUUGCGGUGCAAAAUUUUACAACUCUGGCUUGGCUUGUCAAUCAUGACAACCAGACGCUACGCUUCACAACACUCCACCACUGACAACAUGAUAUGCGGAAAAAAAUGAUGAAGAAGAAAGAGAAUGCAAAACGUAUAGACAUUCACUCUUUCGUCUAACAUCUCUUGAAAAGAAAAUUAAAUUAUUCAUCGAGACUGUGACGUCAAUGUAAAAGCGACCGAUUAAAAUAAGCUCCUAAUGUAAAGCACAAGUAUUUUAGCUGUCUGAAUAAAUAAGCUGAAAAUA